UACAACCCAAUAGUUUACAUUUUAUUUAUAGCUUUAAAAUAGUUGUGUUUACAAAAAUUACUUAAGCGGGUUUUUCACGGAAGCAAAAAGUAUUAUAUACCUAUAUUAACAGCGACAUGUCUGAUAAUGAAUACGAGCGGUUCGAGGUAACUGAUUACGAUUUAGAAAACGAAUUUAAUCCGGGGCGUCGUAGAAAUCUUUCAAAGAACCAGCAAAUUUAUGGCAUUUGGGCCGAUGAUAGUGAUAAUGACAGCCCCGAAGAGUCCAGCAACCGGCGCGGACGCCGUGGGCGCGCUGGACUUGGUGGCGGUGGUGGCAGUAAAUCGAAAGACUACUCGGCACCGGUAAGUUUUGUCGCUGGUGGCAUACAACAAUCGGGCAAAAAGGAUAAAAAGGCGCGUAAAACCAGCACAGACCAACAAAUCACCGAUGAGGAAAGUGAUGAAGAAAAUGCGCGUCCAUCUUUUGGUCGCAAACAAGUUGAGGCGGAUGAUGGUGGUACCAGUGAUUCGGCGACCAGUUCCGAUGAGGAACGCACGCAGCGGAAACGUGCUGAGGCAGGCCAUCAGCAGCGCAAUAGUAGUGCGCGUCAUAGUAGUAAUCCAAAUGUGGGCGCUUGGGAACAGCACACGCGUGGCAUUGGCGCGAAAUUGCUACUGCAGAUGGGCUAUCAACCAGGCAAGGGUUUGGGCAAAGACUUGCAAGGUAUAUCACAACCAGUACAGGCGCAUAUGCGUAAAGGGCGCGGUGCGAUUGGUGCUUAUGGGCCAGAGGUUGCUGCUAGUGUUGGUGGAAAGGGGCCAGUGGCGAAAGAAGGUGAAGAUGUGCGUGAGGCCAAAGAAUUUAAAGAAAAACUUAACAAGUGGAAAAAAUGCGGCGACGCACGUCAAGAUAAAGGUAAACGUUACUACUACCGUUCGGUCGAGGAGGUGAUUGAGAAGGGGAAAAAAGGGAGUUUCGCGCUCUCAGAAAAUUUAAGCAAAAAGAUUGGAAACGUUCCGGUUAUAGAUAUGACCGGUCCUGAAAAGCGCGUACUUAGCGGCUAUCAUGCCCUGGGACAAACGAAGGUGGUCGACGAAGAACUCUAUGACUUGGAACAGGCUGUCGCAGGCAGCAGCAUUACCUCAAAGAAAGGCAGCACCUUUGCGCUGCCCGAACUGAUGCACAAUCUACAGCUUAUUGUAAACCUCUGCGAACAGGACAUUAUAACGCUCGACAAAGCAGAGCGUGAGGCUACUGAUCGUCAGGCAGCGUUAGAACAUGAGCGCAAAAAUCUUGAAGAAAUCGUGCAUUUGGAGAAGAAUCACAUCGAUACGCUGGAACAAGCCUUGCAACUAGUAGAGGAGCUGACCACGAGCAAUGAACUGUUGACACUACAACGUGCCGAGCAAAUUUUUGUCAAACUGCAGCAGAACUAUGCGGCCGAGUAUAAAGAAUUUGCGCUUGGCGAUCUGGCCGCGGGUGUUAUUGCACCGCUUGUUAAAAUAACUCUGGAAGAUUGGAAACCACUCGAACAGCCGACGCAAAAUGUUGAGCUGAUCAAGAAGUGGCGCGGCAUAUUGGAAAUGAAUGUUGAUCCGCAAAACGAGUCGCGCAAUAUUUUCGAUCCUUACUCCUCGCUUGUAUGGGCAGGUGUUAUACCGAGUUUUCGCGCAUGCGCUGCCUCCUGGAAUCCGAAAUUGCAUCAACCUAUGGCUGCACUACUCGAUUGUUGGGCGCCGCUAUUCCCCACCUGGAUACUGGACUCUGUGCUCGAACAGCUAGUGCUGCCGCAGCUGAGCAACGGUGUGCGCGAUUGGGAUCCGCUCACGGACACCGUACCCAUACACAUUUGGAUAUUGCCGUGGAAUAAUAUAUUGGGUCAUAAAAUGGAGGAGUUCAUCUUUCCCACGAUACGCGAAAAAUUGGCAACUGCUUUGCAGGCGUGGAUGCCCCAAGAUCGUUCAGCGCGCGCAAUGCUCACGCCCUGGAAGGGCGCAUUCAAUGACAUCGAAAUGCAGCGUUUCCUGUCACAACACAUCAUACCGAAACUGCAAUUGGUACUGAAUGAAUUCAUUAUAAAUCCAUUGCAACAACAACUCGAGCUGUGGAAUCAGGUGUGGGAGUGGCAUGAGCUGAUACCCACACAUCAAAUGGCACAGCUGCUCGAUAAAUAUUUCUUUCCCAAAUGGAUGCAAGUGUUGGUGUUGUGGCUCAAUCAAUCGCCCGACUAUGCGGAGAUCUCGCGUUGGUAUACCGGCUGGAAGAGCAUGCUAACCGAGGAUAUGUUGCGUGAACCCUCGAUCAAAGAGCAUUUGCGUCGUGCGCUUGAAAUGAUGCAUCGCGCCACCGACGUACUAGCACCAGGACUUGCUUCAAUACCAACACCCAUAAUGACGGCGACGCCACCACCACCGCCGCCUCCGACUAUGUUGGAUCUGCAAAUGGUAGCACCAGCGCAAUUGGAAUUCAAGGAAUUGGUCUCGCAGAAGUGCGCCGAACGAGGUAUACUUUUUGCGCCAAUGCCAGGACGAAGGGAGUUGGGCAAACAGGUUUACCGCGUCGGCAAGUUGUACUGUUAUAUUGAUCGCAAUGUUUGUAUGCUAAGCGACAACAGCAUGAAAAACUGGUUGCCCUCAUCUGUGCAGCAGCUAUUGGAUCGAGCCAUGUAAUAAGAAAACACAAAAAAAAUAUAAAUAAUUUGUAAUUUGUAGAUUUAAACGCAAAUUUAUUAUGAGGGAAGUUAGUACUGCGACCUGAAAGAUCUACCGCGCUCUCUUCGUAGAUUCAACGGAUUUCGCCGAGCCCAACUUCUUCAAUAAAUUUUAGUAUUUCUCCUA